AUGGAGUCCGAGAGGAGCUCACUCAUGGCCUGGGACUUGGAGACCCCAAAGAAGGAUAUGUAGCUGCGGGUGACCCCGUCGGAAGUGAAGUUCCUGGACGCGAUGGCAGGGAGGGUCUACCUCCUCCCAAUUACCGUGCACAAUCUCGGCCGAUACAGCCAGAAGAUCCGGUUUCAGGAGCCUGUCAAGCCACAGUUCAAACUGAUUUUGACCAAUCUGGAUAAAGCACUUGCUUCUGGCCUUCAGACGACAGCUAUGGUGGAGUAUCAUCCUGAUAAGAAUGAAGACACUUUUGACCAACUUCUUAUUUCAAUAGGAAAUAAAACAAUAGAGAUCCCUCUAAUUGGGUUGAUUCUAUCCUGUCAACUGGAAAUUGAGUCAGAAGUUAAUUUUGGGACAUUGGUUGCCAAUAGUAAAGUAUAUUGUAAAGAGAUUAAUAUCAUUAACCAUGGCAGAGUACCAGGUAUGUUUAAAACAGAAUACCAGGGCCAGUUACCCAUUGUCACUUUUCCAACCAGUGGUAUUGUGCAGCCUAAGUCAUCAAUGGUUAUUAAAGUGGAUUUCUGUGCAGACUGGCCCAUAAUUGUAAAUGAAGUGCCAAAAGUGAGUUUGCGAGAUCGUCCAGACAUAUUCUUGAAUAUCAAAGCUCAUGUUGUUGAGCAGAUUAUUGAAUUGUUAAACAUGAGUAAUGAUAAAAAGUUGGAAAGCAUAAGCUUUGGUCCUGUUUUCUUUGGAAUGUCAAAGAUUGAACAUGCACUUCUAUACAAUAAUAGCCCAGAACCUAUAAAUUGGGUAGCCAUAAUGCAAGAUGAUUCUGUUGGAGAAGAAUUGGGUACAAAUAUUCAACAAAGAACAGAUGUUGCUUUAAAUAAUCUAACCUACUUAAGGAAAAUAAAGAACAUAGAUAUUACCACAUUUAUCUCCUAUGUUCCUAAUGAAGGGAGGUUACAGCCUUAUCAAAAGAUUUUAAUUACAUUUUGUUUCAGCCCAAAGCUAAUCAUUAAUGGUCAAAAGGAUGAUCCUUCACACAGGCAAGACUAUGCUCUCUUUUUGAGAUUUGAGUCUGUAGGAAGUAAAGAUGGAUUUUUGAGAGAUGAUAACAAUAAAACCAUCAAAAGUGAUCGAUUUCAGAAAGUGGAAUUAGCCCUGACAGGCUCAGGACUUCCUGUCUUAUUACAGUUUGAUCCGGGAAGGGUCCUUAAUUUUGCACCUUGUUUCAUGCGUGGACGUUCAGAGAUUCAGUGUAUUAUGCAAAAUCGAUCCAAAUCACUUCCUGUGAUGUACCGCUUUAAAAAAACUGCACAUUUUAAAGUUGAUCCUCAAAAGGGCAAGAUAGAUGAAGGAUGUAUGCAGAAUGUGGCAUGUUUAUUCAUUCCACAUCAAGUUGGAGUCUUUAAAGUGAAGCAAUUUAUAGAGAUUAUUGGCUCAGUGACAGAUGAAAAUUUGCAGUCUUCGUCCCUGAAGCCUUUCCAUCAGAUACGUUUAUAUUUCAGUAGUGUCUGCAAACCUUCCACCAAGAAAGUUGUGAUGAAAAUUAAUCCUGGUAUAUCCCCUUUGAUCAGUAAUCCUGUGGGACAGUUUGUGGUGAAAGACUUGGCAAAAUACAAGGACCAUGCACCUGUCGCAAUGCUUCAAUCAACCACGACACACAUUCACAAUCAUAACACAAGUAAGGAGUUAAUAAAGGAUGCUCUGAUAGCCUUUCCCAAUGACCGAGCUGCAAGUAUCCGGUUUGGAGAAGAGCAUAAACAUUUCAGGACGAUUUUCACAAAGAUUCCAAGAUAUAACUAUGUGGAUCCUGAUUUUGCAUAUACUAAAUUUGAAAAAAUAGAAAAGAAAGCACAUGAAAAGCAUUAUGCAGGAUACAUUAAAUAUUUAAGAAAUGUGCACCUGCAGAAAGAAGAACAGAGGAAACACAUGUACUCAUAUAAUGAUACAGACAUAGGAUUACAGCCAGCAUCGGGUCUAAAGUCACCCACAUUCUCAGUAGCGGAAAUAGAAGAGUUAUCUUCAGCACAGCAUCGGAUCAAGUGUAACCAAUUGCUAAGUACCAGAAAUACAGCAUCCACGGAGACAAAGUCUUUGAGAAGAAAGGUUCUCAAAGGACUUAAAUCAGACCCAUCCUCACCCCAUGAAAAACAUGAUUGCAGCUUAAUCUUGACACCAAAGCAAAUUCAUCAAGUAAUUGUUGGGCUCUCUGUCCUUAACUUUGGUGAUGUUUGUGUGAACUCAACAAAUACUCGUCUACUACAUGUUAUUAAUAUGCUACCUAUUCAUAUUUUGAUCCAGUUAGAUGUCAAUUUGCAAGAACUUCGGAAAACCAACCAAUUUUCAUAUGUGAUUCCACCUACAGCUAGUACUUCUGUUUCAAUGAUAUUUGAAUCUCCCACCAUUGGAAAAUUUUGGAAGUCUUUCAUGUCAGUGAACAGUAUGCCUGGUGGGCACAUCCUAGUGAUGGCAGUUGUCUUGCCAGUAAAACUUGAGCUAUCUGCUAAUGAGCUAGUACUGAGACCACAAGGCUUCUUGGUGAAAACAUGUUUUAGGGGGAUGGUUAGGUUGUAUAAUCAUCAGAAUUAUCUUGUCAAAUUUGAAUGGCAACUGAUAAAUACAGGAAAAGGGAUGGCAUUUUCCAUUCGUCCAGCUAAAGGCACUGUUGAGCCAUACUCCCUAUUGGAAUGUGAAGUGACAUGGCAGCUGGGAUUUGAUUCUCCGGAAAGGGGAGAAUUUAUUCUUCACAUCAAUGAAGGAAACAUGCUGACACUGAAAUGUCUUGCACGUCUUGGUCACACCAAGGUCGUUCUUUUAGAGCCAAGGAUACUCUUCAGUGAUAGCCCUCAAGGUUUAAGAACUUGGAGAAAAGCCAUUCUUCACAAUGUAGGACCAACCCAUGCUUAUUUCAAGGUUUGUGACCAGAGUCUUUUGUCUGUGAUUGAUGUUGUUCCAUCACAAGGAAUCAUUCCAUUGGGGGGGCUAACUGUUCUCAAUACCUCCUGUACUCCUACUGUAGCAGGAAAAUUUGAUACAGGAGCAAAGAUUGCUAUUCACCGUGCAAAAGACAUAGACCUUAGGACUGGUGGAUCUAUUGAGAUUGCUGAUGUUGAAAUCAAUCCUGAUGUAUUUAACUUCAGUGGCACCUAUGUUGGCGCUACCCAGAUUAUUCCAUUUUUAGUAAAAAGCAAAGGUACAACACGUGCCAGAGUAGAGUUUAAUCUGGAAGACUUUGAAGGUUUUUCUAUGGAUUUUAAAGACAAAUCAGGGGAAUUCACAGACACUGCAUUUCCUGACAUAUAUUCCUUGGAGUUAGAGAGAGAGACAUCUCUGGAGUGUGGCCUAGCAUUUUCUCCCAAAGAAGUGGCAACUUAUGACUUUCGAAUUCAAGUUCGAAUUAAUUUCUUCACAGCUUCAGAACUUUACACUCAGUGUUGUUUGUCAGACUCUCCUAUGAUUCCAAAAACAGCACCACUUAUUCGACCAUGUUACGUUCAAGCUACUGUGUUGCAAGCACCAGUGACAUUUUCCAGCACUGAUUUUAUAUUUGAAAUCCCAUUACAUACUAUGGAUCCUAAUAAAAGUGUCACAAAAACUCAGGAUCUUGUUUUACAUAAUACUUCAAAAAAAGAUGUAGAGUGGAAUUUGGAUAUUAGUAAUACUGGUAAACUUUUCGAAGAUGGCAUAUUCAAAUUUAGCAUACUCAGUGGGACUCUGCGACCAAUUGAAGAGUGUAAUGUUUCUAUAAAUUUCUGUCCAGAACAGCCUAGAAAAUACACAGCUGAUAUUCCUAUACAUUUAAAUGAUAAUCCAGUUUGCUAUUGAAUGUUAUAUCUGGUUGGAGAGGUAAAAUUACCCAAGUUAUUGUUUGACCCUCCUUUCAUAUUUUUUAAUCCUGUUCCUUUGGAUGUAACAACUGUGAUGGAUGUCAACAUUUUACCUCAAAACUAUUUCAGGGAUUCAAUUUUCAGUGCCCAGAUUUCCCCAACAAGGCUUCUUGAUGGUGACGUGAUUCAACCUCUUUCUGUGAAUUUUCCAAAAGGCAGAGUCGUUUUGUGCUCUCCCAGUGGAAUUAAUGCUGCGCUCACCUGUCAUCUCAGCUUCAAAUCAUCUAAACCUGUGUCAUUUUUCACCAGUGUUCUUUUCUGCCAUAGCAGGGCUAAUGAAGGCUCAGACCACGUUCACAAGUUUAGUGCUCAAGGAGCAUGUAUUUCUCAUGUACUGCCAGAAUUUCUGCUUGAACCAGAAGAUUGUAAGAAGUGGAUUGAAAUUACAUUUUCCACUAAUACCUUGCCCAAGUUUUCCAAUAUACCUAAGGAAAAGCAUUCUAUUGUUACAGAUAUUACAAAGUUUGAAACCUGGAGUAAACGGGCAUGGACAGAUGUAUUCCUUCAGACAUACAAGGUUCUGGUACUAUACCGAGUUAUGCCACAUAGCAUCAAUAAUCUGCCCCCUGUACAUGGGCAAAAUUCACCAAAAGUCAAUCCUUGUUUUGCAUCCAGCAACAUAUAUUCUAAUCCUGAAAGGAUUCUGCUUAGUUUGAUGAACACAAAUUAUGAGAACAGCUGACAUGUUAUUUGGAAAAACUGUCCCAAAGACAAAGCUACUGAUAUCUGUGAUCCCAAUCCAAUCCUGAUGCUCAUGUUUUGUGUCUGCAUGUAUGAAAGACUUCCUGCAUAUCUCCCCAAGAAGGUGGUGCCCUUUCAUUGUACUCUUCAUGACACUGUGUUGAGAGAGAUUCUACUGAAAAAUUCAAGCUUGAAAAACUUAGUGUAUAAUGCUACAAUUAUCGGAAGAGAUGCCACUGACUUCUCCCUCUCCCAAGGGAAUGUUGUGACAUUGUCUCCAAAGUAAAAACCAAAUUACUGUUUGGUUUGAACUCUGAAAUUUACCAGUCGCUUCCUCCAUCCUGCUGAAGCUUCACUGCUAUUAAUUUCAAAACCUAAGAGUGGAACAGGAGGUACUAUGCUGACUUUUGCUGUCAAGGGUGAAGUCCUCAAUUUUAAAGCCAUCGCAAGUAUAAAAUGCAGAUCUCCGUGUUAUAAAUGGAAAGAAAUCAUUGUGAAUGUUAAAAAUCCCUUCCACACUGCUUGGGACUUCAGUGUCAUUUUUGUGGAAUCCUCAACAUUUAUCUCUUUGCCAUCCCAAUUAACUGAAGUUGGAGAAUUUGUUGACCACAUGAAUGAUGGCGGUGCUGUGAGUAGCAGUGAACAUGAUGUUGCUGAGGGCUGUUCCCAGGCCCCAGAUGCCUUAAAAACCUUAAUUAAGUCCAAUUUCAUCAAAGAGUUCUUCUGCUCUACACAUACUCUUCACCUGGGGGCGAAAGGGACUUCAAGCCUGGAGGUCUUCUUUCUCCCCUUUGGCAUGCACACCGGCUACUGUGUCAUCAUCCUCAGCGACAAAAAGAUUGGAGAAUUAAUAUAUGUUUUGGCAGGAAGAAGUAUGAUCCCCUUGCCUUCCAGAUUCUUUCCAAUGGAUUCUUCAACUCCGCUUGACCAUAGCAGUUCUCCAGAAGAAGUGCUUAAUAAGGAAGAUCCAGUUCUGUAUUUGAAAUGUAAGCUCCGUCAAAUCCUGGAUGUGGACCUUAAAUUGCCACUGACUAAUGAAGCCAAGGAGAAGGCCUUGGCUUUUGCAGCACAGCAGCAGAUGUCGAAGAUAGAGUAUGAGAGAAGGUUGAUCACAGGCACUCUGGAGAGCAGUAGCAUCCGCUUGGCCAUCGCCCUCCUGGGGCUGACCAAGAUCGAGAUUUGUAUGCUCUUUAAUAUCUCAAAGUUGAAGAAGCCAAAGUCCAUUUUAUACAAAACAGAGCUGAGCCUUCCAGAACAUUUUGAUAUCCCCAAGACAAUCUGCAUUCCUUGGAUUCCGGAAACUCAAUAGCUAAAGUUAUAUAAAAUUAAGUUUACAGAUGGAUCUGUUCCAGUUCCUUUACGAUUUGUUCCUCUCAGUCCUGGACGCUACCCUUGUAAAAUCUUGUUGACAUCAAGGUAUGAUGUGCAUGUCUAUUGCAUUGAAGGUGUGGUAAAUGAAGAACGUCCAGAGGCCAGAUUUGAUUUUGAAACACCAGCAUUUGAAGCCCUUACCCAGAAUAUUCCAAUAAAUAAUAAAACAAAGAAUGAAUGGAAAUGUCAAGUUGCUAUAGAAGGAGAAUGGUUUUAUGGACCUCCUGUUUUACAUGUUGGACCAAGUGAGACUGUGAAUUAUCCUCUCACAUUCAAACCUAUUUUGGAAUGUGAGAUUAUGGGCAAACUUACUCUACAAAAUGAAGUAGAUGGUAUGGAGCAUAUCUUUGACAUAAAAGGGAUUGGAAAAAGACCGCUGGCCUUGGAACACAUCACCGUAGACUGUCAAGUGGGGGAGAUAACAAAUAAACCCAUAAUGAUGCCCAAUUAUACAACAAGCAUCCUAACAUUUAAGGUAAGAUUUUGUUUAGAAAUUCUCUGGUCCGCCUGCCUACACAUCACCAUAGACCCUGAUAACGCAAUUCCCUAUAUUCUACACGUAUGCCCUUGGAAACGUGGUGUAUUCAAAGGUACAAUUUCGUUUUCCGUUAAAAGCAGGAAAAAUGGUGAUUCUCAGGAAGACUCAAAUGAAGAUAAAGAUAGAGAUCUAAUACCCUCCUUUGAGAAGUCAUUAUCAGAACCAUCUGACAAGUUUGAUGAGGAAAAACCAGAUGAUGCUAUUAGCAGUUUACAAAUCUGGUAUUAUCUUGAAAUCCAUAGUGCUCCUGGACCACCCUUAAACACUAUUGAAGUGAAAUGUAUUGCUCUGGAGAGUGUUUGUAUUGAAAUACGUCUCUUUAAUCCAGAAGAGAAAAUUAUUCACUUAGAUGUGCAGUUAUCGAGUGCUGCCGUUAGUGGACUCAAGGAACUUGUACUAUUUCCACUAGAUUCUCUCAACUGUGUUGUACGGUAUUCUCCAGCGACUACAGGCUAUAGAGAACAAAGGUUUGUCACUCAGAUCAUUCCUUUAGAUAAUCCUACACACGAAACCUUAGAAUUGCAAGCAACAAACAGUAAUCCUGAUAAUUUUGUCCUGGAGAUUGACAGAUCACAGCUGAUCAUACCACCUCACUCCACCAAAGACAUAUCUGUUCACUUUCGUCCUUCUGCUCUUGGAGGAGCUGGUCAUCAGACUUCUGUCACCUUCCACUGUGCUCAGUUUAAAGAAUGGAUAUGCUACAUCUCUGGAAUAGGACUAUUCCCCCAGCCUCUAGAAAUAGAAAGAAUGACCACAUACCUUCGUCUUCAAUCAUCUGUUCUUAUACCUUUCCAAAAUCCCACCGAAGAAGAAGAUGUUUUAAUCGAUAUCAUACUAAUAGGUCAGGGGAAGCACAAGCGUCUCGUCCUGGCUCCAUACUGGGACAGCUUCCUCGUAGAGACUUCUGCCUUCAAGCUUAGUGGUCAGAGUCACACAAAAGGAAUUGCAUUGCCUCCUAAAGGGACUGUAGAUAUCCAGGUGUUAUUUAUGCCCCAGGUUAUGAAAUUACAAAAAACAAUGGUCAUUGUUCAAAUGAAGAAGGCAAGUGGAGAAAGGUGGCCUGUUGACAAUUUUAAAGAAUUGCACACAGAGGUGAAAAGAGCUUUGGGGAUAGACAGUGAAGAAAUCCCAGGAAUAUGCUGGAUAUACCCUAUUCUUGGAUUCCCACAGGCACCACAUCCUAAAUGCCCCCAGGUUGUCAUAAAAUGUCAGUCAAGGAAGUGGGUAGAAGAGGAGGUGGAAGUCACAUUGGAUGGAGAUUUUUGGGGACAAAAUCCUAUCUUAGAUCUGACAGACUUUGUAGUGAUUCCAAAAAGAAAAUCAUAUGAUUCUUAUGAAGAUAUCAAAGAUAUACCUGUAAAACGUGAAUUUGAAUAUGAAAUUCAAUUUGAAUCUGAAGCUGUGAAGGCUAAUUUGGAAUCUUGCGUGGCUUUAUAUUACAUAAAAAAAUCUUAUAAUAUCAAGGCUGAAAGGGUAACAUUGGUCUUCAGUCUGAUAUUUGCACCAAAGAAACCAUUGAGAAAUCCCGAGCCAUUCACGGCAUACUUCCUACCUGGCAGUGAUCCUGAGUUUUUUGUAAAACCUCAGGUUGGAGAACUUCUUCCUUUUGACACUGAAGGAACUCUAAUAGUUGUGGGUUUUAAACCCAAAAUGUACAGCAGGAAAUACAAAGCAACAUUAGCAAUACAGAGUCCUUACAACCCAGGUAAUAAAAAUAUAAAGCCUCUGGAGACUUGCUGCACAUAA